AUGGCCCAGGCCUAUGUUGGCCUCCAUCUCCUACAGAAGGUGCCAGAGAUGCCGUCUGAUGAGCCUGGGGGCAUGAGGCCCAGAGGAGACCCACCAGACCCCAGGAGGCUGCAGCAGAGGGCCAGGGAGGAACUCUGCGGCUGGGUGGCAGGAUUCGCUGGGGCGCGAGCCGAGGAGCGGGCGGUGCGCUCGCCCCUCCCGUUGCAGGGAGCCGCCGAGUGUCGGGUCGUCGCCGACCGCAGGCUGCAGGAGCGGUUGAUCUGGCUGUUCUCGCUCGCGCUCGCCCGCCCGCCCGCUCGGGACAUUGUGUUCCAGCCCCGGCGCGCUGGCAGCGGGCCCAAGCGCUCACACCAGCCUCCUCGCCCUGUUUGUGCUCGCGGCUUGCGCUCGGCGCGCAGCCUCCCCGCCGUCGCAGCCUCCCGGCCGGCAGCCACAACCCUGCGAGUGUGCGCUGGGGCAGGGACUGGCGCCCAACCUCAGGGACGCGCGCCCGGCGCGGGUGAGCCCCCGCAGCCUUGCCCACUCACCCGCCUUGGAGCACCCAGACUUAUCCAUCCCCCAUCUGCCCCCAGGGAAAUUCCUCACGCUGGACCGCACCCGCCCUUGAGGACCUCCGAUCUCUUUGGGCAGAGCGGAAGCCAGACAGAGACAGGGACUAUGAAGCCACAGUCCCCAGCCCUGUGUGUGCCAGGAGGCCCUGAGGGGCAGACGGCCAUGCUGCAGGAGGCACUAGGGCCUCCCCCCCAGGGAGCCUGGUGUGGGCUGCAGGGACAGAACGCUUCUCAGAGGAGUUCACCAGGAGACUCAGUCAAGCGUGGGGUUGGACUGAUGGGAAAUUCUAGGUUCCAAAGCCCAUGGGCCCUGCCCCAUCCCUGUUCUUGGGGAGCAAGAGGCACAUGAUGUCUGGAGUCGAGGAGCCCCUGGGAGCGGCGUGGCUGUAUGGGCACUGUGGACUACGUGGGGCACCGGCACUGUGAGUGGUGUUCACAUGGGCGCUGGCUAUAUGAUUCAUUAAACUGAGCAUACACCUUC